AAAUAUGACGGAGCGUAUUCUUUAUCCGUUUUUCGUGCUAUUGUGCAUUACGCUAGCAUGAUUAAAAACAAACUAGGUUAGGAAUUGGGUGAGCGGUGGAGGCUACGGGCUGAGUCUGUUUUGGUGGAGCAGAGACGACGCCCGACUGCUAGCUUAUCGGUGCUCCGCUUAGCUAGCUGCCGCCGCCAUUACCCGUCGUUAGCUAGCAGCUACUAACGCUACUGCGGGCCUGGAGGUGUGCCUCACCUCCACCCUAUGGGCUUCACUCAGUCGGUUCGGUUAGAACUGGACUUUCGGCUUUAUAAUAAAUGUCACCAGGCGUGUUUAAACCAACCAAGCAUCAGUUUAUAGCAUAAAACCAGUCGGCAGCUUUUCCGCAAGCUAACCGAUAGCUUUUGGCUAGCAGAGGUCCUAACCCGUUUCCUUGGAAGCUGAAGGGGACAUAUUUGGGAUAACGUCUCACUGUAAAGCCUGAUGUGAUGCAUUCACUGGGUCAGGAGAUCCAGGGAUUCUCCAGAAACCGCCUAAAGAAGCAGUGCACACAUGUUACCACGGUGACGGGCAGGAGGCUGCUGGAGAGGAGGAGGGGUGAUGGAGGAGUGGAGGUGGAGGAGGUCGCGGAGCCAAGUGGAUGUGGAUUUGUAGAGGAUGCGAGUCUCGACCUUCAAGUUGGAGUCGUUAGACCCUUUCUACUGCUGGCCUCUCAGGAUGCCGCUCACGACAUUGACACCCUGCAGAGAUAUAAGGUAUCUCAUGUGCUAAACGUGGCCUUUGGAGUCACUAACCUGUUCUCAGACCAGCUGGUGUAUAAGACGCUUCAGAUCCUGGACCUCCCAGAUACCGACAUCACUUCAUACGUGGAGGAGUGCAGUACCUUCAUAGACCGGGCUCGAGAGCAGGACGGCGUGGUGCUGGUCCACUGUAACGCUGGCGUGUCACGUUCCUCCUCCGUCGUGAUUGGCUACCUGAUGUUGAGGGAGGGGCUCCCAUUCGACGCCGCCUACAGCCAGGUGAAGCAGGCGAGGCCUUCGAUUCGCCCCAAUCCCGGUUUCUAUCAGCAACUACAGAGCUACAAACCACGAGGCAGCGGAAAUGCAACACCCGAACAUGUGAGAGGACUGGACUCGGAUUAAGAGGAAAACAAAGCUGCAACAUAAAUAAAAUGUGUUUCUUACAUUUUCCUAA